UUACUCUCUUUUACAAAUAUUUGUGACCAGUGAAGGACGUCAGUUCAAACAUUAGAGCAACUGCUGCAUGAAUCCAGACAGCACUUGGGCCUUUGGCACACUCAUUAAUAAAUGUUUUUAUUUUUCUGUAUUUUUUAGAGCAAGGACUGUUAUAGUGAGCCCUUACUGAAGUUAAAAACACCAAAAUGGAAAAAAUAAUUAAAAACAUAAAUGGUGGAAGUCUAACUUCUCUUUAUCCUACAAAAAUAUCUUGUGUUAGUGUUCUGUAGCUGCAUUGUACAAGAUUUUCCGUCGAGAUUAUGCUGGCUAAACUAUCUUGCAUGGAUACACACGCGUCAGCUCUUUCAGUCAGAGCUGUCAGUCAAGUUUAAAGGCUGAUAUAAAACGCGAGCCAUCCGCGUCAGCCGGACUACACCUGUGGCUCGCCUGGCGGCAUGUCACGUCUGUCCACGCCACGCGAAGCUGCGCUGCCACCUGAGACACAGACGGGUCAGGGUGGGGAUGCGUGGCUUCAGUGCUGAUCAGAGACCCGUGCGCUGAUUUGUGUGCGGAGCGCGCAUCUGUCCAGAGGCAGCGGCUGCCUCCGCGCUGGAUCUCCCCUGCGCGCACAUUCUGUGUCUGAGAACUGCGAAAUCAACACACGGUUGACAUCAGCCUUUUGGGAUGGAGAGCGCAGGCAGUGGCUGGGCAGCAGAGCUCACCCCCCCAUGCGUGAUGCACGAGGUGAACGGGAACGACACCGGCCAGGUCUUCGAGGUGGCGCUGCAGAACGGCUCCUCCAAGCGCAGCCCUCAGUUUGUGGGUGUAGAGCUGCUACAGUCCUUCAAGCUGCUCAUCAUUCCCUGCUACACCUUGGUGGCUCUGGUGGGCAUCUUUGGCAACUACCUGCUCCUCUAUGUCAUUUGCCGCACCCGCAAGAUGCACAACGUCACCAACUUUUUUAUUGGAAACCUGGCCUUCUCUGACAUGCUGAUGUGUGCUACGUGUGUCCCCUUCACGCUGGCCUACGCCUUCAACCCACACGGCUGGGUCUUUGGCCGUUUCAUGUGCUACCUGGUGUACCUCAUCCAGCCUGUGACGGUGUAUGUGUCAGUCUUCACUCUCACUGCCAUUGGUGUGGACAGGUACUACGCCACAGUUCAUCCCCUGAAAAAGCGCAUCACAGUCUUGGCGUGCACCUACCUUCUGUCUGGGAUCUGGCUGCUCUCUUGUGGUCUGGUGGCUCCAGCUGUGGCUCACACCUACCAUGUGGAGUUUAAGAAUGAGGGCUUCACCAUCUGCGAAGAGUUCUGGAUGGGCCAGGAGAAGGAGCGGCUGGCUUACGCCUACAGCACUCUCUUCAUCACUUAUGUCCUGCCAUUGUCAGCGCUCUGCAUCUCAUACCUGUGCAUCUCCGUCAAACUGCGCAACUGUGUCGUGCCCGGCCACCACACUCAGAGCCAGGCAGAGGCUCAGCGCAUGCGCAAACGCAAGACCUUCCGACUGGUGAGCCUGGUGGUGGCAGCGUUUGGCAUCUGCUGGCUGCCCAUCAGCGUUUUCAACGUGCUGCGUGACAUUGACAUUGACCUGAUUGAUAAGCGCUACUUUCUGCUCAUUCAGCUGCUCUGUCACCUGUGCGCCAUGAGCUCAUCCUGCUGUAACCCUUUCCUCUAUGCCUGGCUGCAUGACCGCUUUCGUGCUGAGCUCCGCAAAAUGUUCACGUGCCGCCGUCGCAUCGGCAUCUCGGCCAACAACUGCGCCACAGCCAGCGUGGUUUUGUGAAGCUCCUGUGUUUUCGACUAAUGCUAACACAGACGUAGAUAGGUGUAGAUACAUGUGAUUCCUAAAUUGGUAGGUGAUCCAACUUUCACUCAAGGUAGUCACAUUAUGCACGUCGAAGUUCAGUAGCCUGGAGUCAAAGAUGUUGCCCUGUUGUUCAACACCACCAUUAAAAGAAGACUCCACCAGUUAAGCAUUACACACCUGUAACAAACUCGUGAUGGAGAUGAAGUUCGAUACAGCGGGAGCAGAGAUAUCACCUUUUCUCACAAUCAUCUUGCUUGUUAAAAAUCUGGCGCCUACAUUACCCACAAUUCAACUCGUUUAGCAACAGCCCGAGCGGAGAUUUGGGUGUUAUCAGAUUUUGUACAACAAAUUAUUAGAUUUAACAUUUAUUUUUGAAUGCAUUUUUUGUUUGAUCUGUUUUUGUGAACAUGAAAAACAAUCGUCUCUUUGUCAUAUUAAAAUCUCAACUUAUUAAAAGUCCUGUAUUUUGUUACUGUCAGCAGAUCUCAUGAAAAGACAUGAACCAACAGCUUGUUAGUUUGUCCCUCGAUACUUUCUGAUGUCCCUGCCUUUCUGUGGACCUAUAAAAAGAGACUUGAUUAUUUCCCAGGGGACUAGUUUUCAGCAAAUGUUACUCGAGCAGUAAAAAGUUCGUUGGGGACUAUUUUCAGCCACAGAUUUGAUUUGCUAGCGACUAUUUAUGGAUGGAGCAGGAUGGAGUAUGUGGGCUUGACUGAGGAUAAGC